AUGGACUCCAAACGGCGAUCUGUAAAACCAGCCACCGUAGGUGCAGCCAAAGUGGUGAAGUGUUACGCGCAGACCUCCCAGAUAUCCAGCCCCGUGUACCCUUGCCGGGCGAAAUGCGAUCUGAACACCAGCAGCAACUUCGUCACCCGGGAGCAUGAACUUGGUGGCAGCCACUUGGCUGAAAGCAGCUGUGAGAAGGAAUGUCCAGGCGGAGUGGCCGCAGCCACGGGUGUGGUUGUGAGUGUGGCUGGGGCCUGGAGACGGGCUGUGGGUGUGGUCACAAACAGGGGCGUGGCAGUGGGCGUGUCCGGGCCGGGGCAUGCUGUGGGCGUGGCUAUCGGGCUCAAGGGGUUAACCCCGGGAGACCCUGCUGGCUGGCCUCAUCUCAGGAACCGCAGGGACUUGAAAAACUGUGCUCUUGGUCCCCCAGAGCAGGGAUAUCAUGAUGCCAUGGCAGACACAGCCCAGCAGCCCACAUGGACCUUCCAACCUGGGGGGCAAAUGCUCUUGGAAAAGCCAGCUGGGAGCUGCUGGGGCCCAGAACACUACAGCUUAAAAGAACUUGCAAGUAAGAAAGGGUUCUUAGUUGCAAACAACAGAAUCCACCUAGUUUAAACAAAAGAGGGAUGUAUUCAAGGAACUAAGCAGUUCACUGAAUUUCUGGGAGGACUAAAGAAUGAAACUUGAUUUAACAAAGCCAUGACACUUUCUGUGGAGACCCUUCUGCUACCCACUCUAGCAAUAAGUGCUGCCACCAGAAUUGCUGCCAUCUUGCUGCUGUAAGCUGGAUAUCUUGACCAACCCCACAUGAAGAAUGGAUUUUACAUGUGCUUACUUGCAAACCAAAGCCUGUCAAAGGUGGAAUCUAUGUGGGGCUUUGGACUCUUCUAAGAAACAGCAUUCACCUAGGAUUAUGAUUCAGGAACAAUCCAUGAUCUAAUGGAACUGUCCAAGAGAAAGGAGAUGCCAAAAUGAUUGCCAAAGUUGUUCUCUAAAAAGAAAUUUACUAAAGAGAGAGCAAGCAAAAUUAAAGCACAAUAAGAUUAUAA